AUGGACGACAAGUACGACUGCAUUGUGCUGGGCACGGGCCUCAAGGAGUGCAUCAUCUCGGGCCUCAUGUCGGUGGAGCGGAAGAAGGUGCUCCACAUGGACCGCAAUGACUUUUACGGUGGAGAGUCGGCCUCGCUCACCCUGGAUCAGCUCUUCCAGCGGUUCACCGAUGGCCAGAAGCCGCCCGAGUCGCUCGGCUCGUCGCGUGACUACCAGAUUGACCUCAUCCCCAAGUUCAUCAUGGCCAACGGCGCCCUGGUCAACAUGCUUGUCUUUACCGGCGUCAACCGGUACCUCGAGUUCAAGAAGGUCGACGGCUCGUUUGUCAUGCGCGGCGGCAAGGUGUACAAGGUGCCGGCCACCGACGUCGAGGCGCUCAAGUCGUCGCUGAUGGGCUUCUUCCAGAAGCGCAAGUGCAAGAACUUCUUUGCCUUUGCCCAGAACUACGACGAUGCCGACCCGUCGACCCACAAGGGCUUCAACAUCGACGAGACCCCGAUCAAGGACAUCUUUGAGUACUACGGCCUCGAUGACAACACCGUCGAGUUUAUCGGCCACGCCGUCGCCCUCAACAAGGACGACUCGUACCUCACCCGUCCGGCUCGCGAGACCUUUGACCGCAUGAAGCUCUACGCCGACUCGCUCGCCCGCUACGGCUCCUCGCCCUAUCUCUACCCGCUCUACGGCCUCGGCGAGCUCCCGCAGGGCUUUGCCCGCCUCUCGGCCAUCUACGGCGGCACCUACAUGCUGCAGAAGCCCAUCGAGGAGGUCGUCUACAACGACGAGGGCCGCGUCUGUGGCGUCAAGUCAGAGGGCGAAGUCGCCGCCUGCGACUUUGUCGUCGGCGACCCGUCGUACUUCCCCGACAAGGUCCGCCAGACCGGCUCCGUCGUCCGCUGCAUCUGCAUCCUCAACCACCCCAUUCCCUCCACCGACAACGCCGAGUCGUGCCAGAUCAUUGUCCCGCAGCGCCAGGCCGGCCGCAACUCAGACAUCUACAUCUCGUGCGUCUCGUACGCCCACAACGUCGCCGCCCCCGGCAAGUGGAUCGUCCUCGUCUCCACCACCGUCGAGACAGACAACCCGCUGAAGGAGCUCGAGCCCGGCUUUGCUCUCCUUGGCGAAAUCGAGGCCCGCUUCCCUUCCAAGGACGGCGUCUUUAUCACCACCUCGUACGACGCCACCACACACUUUGAGACCUCGUGCGACGACGUCUUCAAGGUCUACCGCGCCAUCACCGGUCACGACAUUGACUUUGACAACCCGCCGCGCCCCGACCAGGACGACGAGUAA